AAACCAUCUUUCCGUGAGGACGUUAGCUGUGGUUUUGUGUGCGACAUGACCAGGUUCGCGAGGGGAGGCAGCGGGAACAGGAAGAGGCCGGAGGAGGCGACGCCAUGGACCAAGCUGAAGCCACGUCUGACUGGCAAGUCGUCUGGCAAGAAGAGACACGGCAAAAGUCCGGCUUCAUCCACAAGUCACAGCGAUGGCGGUCACAGAAGCAAACACCCGGGAAAUAACGAAUCAGAACUGAUGGAAAAAGAGCUGGAAGAAGCCUUGGUCAGGACGAAAAGGAGUGAACAGCGGAGGCUAAAGAGAAUAAAGAAGAAAACUCUGUCCAAGGUGUGUUACCACUGCCGCCAGCCAGGCCACGGGAUGUCGGAGUGUCCCCAGAUGACCUCAGAUGUGGAGCAAGGGACCGGGAUCUGCUUCAGGUGUGGUUCUACGGAGCACAAGUCAGCCAGGUGUACCACCAGGAACAUUCCAGAACAGACAGGUAAAUAUGAGCACAAGUCAGCCAGGUGUACCACCAGGAACAUUCCAGAACAGACAGGAAAAAGAGACCUUCCUUUUGCCAAGUGUUUCACCUGUGGGGAGACAGGUCACCUGGCCAGGUCCUGUCCAGACAAUCCUCGGGGCCUGUAUCCUAACGGUGAGGCUUCAGUCAUUAAAUGUGCCUGUAUCCUAACGGAGGCGGCUGCAAACACUGUGGAUCUGUGGAGCAUCACCAGUGGCAGUGUCCCAGCAACAAGGCUUCAGGAGGGUCAGAGGUCAUACAGGUCAGCACCAUGGACAGCCACACCAGUGCAGACCUGGACGUUAUUCCCAGGUCAAAAGUCAAGGGUCAACCUUCAGCUAGAAAAGGGCCCAAGAUUGUCAAGUUUUAGAUGAAAGGCCUGAUGGGAUAGGACGGGACAUUUUGUGUAGAACCUGCAUCACUGGUUCGAGAACAGUUGAUUCAGAAAAAUUAACAGAGAAAUUUGUUUCUUUUAAUUCAGUUUUCAAAGAUUCAUUUUGUAAUGACAUAAUGUGUAGUCUAGUGUUUUUUUCACCCUCCCACAUUAGUAUUAUUAUUAAGGACGAGUACGUCAUGCAUAAAGUUAAGGCCUAAUCUGGAAGGAAGGACACAAACACAGGAAUAAGUUAAUGUAAUAUUUUUAUUCAAGUAUUGGAAAGUGUCCCCAAUUACAAAGCAAAAACAUGGAUGUUUUUACAACAGAUACCUUAGUUUGUUAUAUGCUGCUGAUUAUGAUAGUGGUGAUGGCCUGGCCAUGUUAGGCAGUCAGAAACGUUGACACAUGAAAUGUAUUAAAAAUCGCACUUCACAAUGCGGCAAUUUCAGUAAGAACAUUUUAAAGCAUGGAACCAGUAAAGGCACUGGCAAUGAGACGUCUCCCAUAUUUCUUUACUUGACACCCCAAACAAUUUAUACAUAACAAUUGCUACAUACCAAUGCUACAUAAGUUAUUUGCUACAUAACAAAUGCUACAUAAUAUAAAACAAUUGCUACAUAACAUGCUACAUGUGGGCCUUGUGUUGUCACAACUUUUAAACCUGACACUAAAAGCUACAGUUAGAAGGUCAGAGUUCAUUGUGAGUACUGUAUUUAUGAUGGUGAAGAAUCAGGUAUAAAAUAGACAAAGGCUUUGAACCAUUAUUUUUGCACAAAUGUCAUGCAAACUCUAAUCCAGUAGGUCUCCCACCAUAUAUGGCCAAAUAAAGACAUGGGGAACCUGAAACUCGAUUGUUGAUGAAACA